AUGGGUCGGUUGCAAAAGAUUCUCAUUCCCUUUUUGGGAUUGGUUUUGGCCUUCUGGUUUUAUUCUGCGAGGGAGACUUUCAAACCGGAGAUGCUGAAAGGAAAGCGUGUGAUUGUCACUGGAGCGAGCACUGGAAUUGGAGAGCAGAUGGCGUAUCACCUGGCGCGGAUGGGAUCCCACAUCCUGAUCACAGCACGGACAGAGGCCAAGCUUCAGAAAGUGGUGGAGCGGUGCCUGGAGCUGGGGGCAGCCUCGGCGCAGUACGUCAGCGGCACCAUGGAGGACACGACCUUCGCCCAGCACGUGGUGAAGGAGGCAGAGACCUUGCUGGGAGGCCUAGACAUGCUGAUUCUUAACCAUGUCGGCACAUCGUACUUUGGGUAUUUCAACGGGGACGUUGGGCACGUACGAAAGCUCCUGGAGAUCAACUUCCUCAGCUACGUGGCGAUGACGGUGUCUGCUCUGCCCCUGCUGAAGGAGAGCGAGGGCAGCAUCGUAGUGGUUUCAUCUAUGGCAGGUAAAGUCGGGUUUCCCUUUACGGUCCCCUACUCUGCAACUAAGUUUGCCUUGGACGGAUUUUUCAGCUCCCUGAGGCAGGAAUUCAGCAUUCAGAACAUUAAUGUUUCCAUCACACUCUGCAUCCUUGGCUUCAUCGAUACUG